CGGACGUGGCCCGUCCCCCACAGUGCUCCGCGGCCGCCGUGGCUGUGUUGAGGUGCCGGCGCGCCGCGCUCCGUUCCGCAGAAGGGACGGGCCUGGGGCCACGUGUCAGAGCGGCGGAGGCCGACGUGUGGUGAACGGCGCAGGAACGGGCGGGCUGCGCUCCUGCACAGCGCCGGGCUUUGCUCGUCCCUGAGCCCGCACGGGCCCUGUUUGCGGUGUUGGACGGAGCUCGGUGAAGACGUGCCGGCAGAUGGCACAAGAUGAGCUGUAACGAUCAAGAUCAUUUCAGUGGACAGAAUAAUAUUUUUCCUUCCGAGAGCUGGCAACAGGAUUCUGAGCUCCUCCUGCAGUGCCACCAUACUCACUGCCUUUUCCUAGGAUGGGACAUGGAGAUACGUUCCUGUUUUCACUUUAGCUGCUAAUGGAGUUACUGGCUUCAUCAGUGGAAAUGCAGAUCCAUGAAAUUACAUUUUGUGCAAGCUGAAGUUUGCUGAUGAGGCCAAACUUCUUAAGUUGGAAAUUACAAUAAAUCUUCUGUGUUUGUAUCUGCACAUGUGUCUUUCUCAGCAGUAAGUACACACAAACAACUUCAGUAUUGAUUAAUACUCAGUAAGUAUCCUUAUUUAUAACCUUUGUGAAAUGGGAAAGUGGAGAGAUUAGAAUUCAGGGGAAAACCAGCUGUUUCAUUUACUUUUUUUUAUGAAGAGGCAGUGCUAAUUGAGGGAAAUCUGGAUUCCUAGGUUUUCAGAAUCCAGUCCUUGAGCUGCUACGGCUCGUGAAGCACUGUAAUGUCAUGGUUUGAAAGGUGCUGUAAACACGUCAGUAUUGCACACUAAAGCAUAUUUCAGUUGUAUUCAGAAAUCUGCUUUCUGUUUCAGUUUAUGACUAUAUGAAACUUCAGUAGCAUCAUCUGAGGGAGGCAAAACCCACUUUUUUUGCAAUUUCUGAAGUGAUAGGUGUAGCAAAUGGUAGGAGUCAGCAGAGCAGUGUUAGGAGUUGACAAGGAAGUGUUUGCUUUUGGCUUCAGAUUGAUUCUAGCAGUUCGCCCACUUGUCAGAGUAAUCUUUUAAAAAAUCUGCAUAAAGCUUGUCUUGAUAAACUUCUGCAUGUUUUGAUUUAACGUGAGGUUUGAAGAACUUAGAAGUUUUAAACUUGUCUCUCCUGAAAGACUUGUCUGCAGGAUGGGUGUUGAUACAGUUGAUAGUGUUAAUUGCCUGCUACAGUUUUACUCCUUUUGUGUGGGAAAUGUUUAAGUACAGAAUUUUUUUUGUUCUUUAAGUGUCUGGAUUCCCCAAAGCUUUAAUUGUUACACUUGAAAAUUCAAUACUGGAAAAGCACACAGGCUUUGCGAGCACCUUCUCAUCUUGCCCAGUGUUUCCAUGUUGCUGACAGACAUGUUUCACAGAUGUAAAAAUGAAGAACCAGAUAAGAAGGAAGAUGCAUUAUGUUUAAGAAAUUCUACUGUGAUUUGGGAGAGCUGGAUUACCUUCCUUGCUGUUUUAUUCCUUGAUAUUUUUUAUUAUUUGAUAUCAUCUCUAUUUGUCAAGGUACUUCAGCAAGCACUCAGUAAGAGCUUCAUGAAAGCAUAUCAACACUGUUGCUAUAAAGACCUGGGUUGUUGUUAACUGCUGGCAAUGUCUAUGAUUUUGUCUGCCUCUGUGGUCCGUGUGAGGGAUGGACUCCCACUGUCUGCAUCCACCGAUUAUGAUCAAAGCACGGGAGUGCAAGAAUGUAGAAAAUACUUUAAAAUGCUCUCAAAGAAACUUUCUCAGCUUCCUGAUAGAUGUACUCUGAAAACUGGACAGUACAACAUAAACUUUAUCAGUUCCCUGGGAGUAACUUACAUGAUGUUGUGCACUGAGAACUAUCCCAGUGUUUUGGCUUUCUGCUUCCUGGAUGAGCUUCAGAAAGAAUUCAUCACUACCUACAAUAUGAUGAAGACAAAUACUGCUGUCAGACCAUACUGUUUUAUAGAGUUUGAUAAUUUCAUUCAGAGGACCAAACAGAGAUACAACAACACGCGUUCUUUAUCAACAAAGAUGAAUCUUGCUGACAUGCAGACAGAAAUCAAACUGAGGCCGCCUUAUCAAAUUUCCCUGUCAGAACUUGGUUCAGCUAAUGGGUUUGCACACUUAUCUGCAGCAGAAUAUAAGGGUACCGGUAAGAUAUCUGCAGCUCCUCACCAACGUCUGGAACCUGUGACCCUGCCCGGGAUUGUCUCAUUUGUACUCAGUCUCUUGUGCGGAGCUUUGAAUUUAAUUCGUGGCUUUCAUGCCAUAGAAAGUCUUCUGCAGAAUGAAGGUGAAGAUUUCAGCUAUGUUAUUGCGUUUUUUCUUGGAACAGCAGCCUGUUUGUACCAGUGUUACCUGUUCGUAUAUUACACAGGCUGGAGGAACGCCAAAUCCUUCCUGACUUUUGGGUUAAUUUGCCUGUGUAACAUGUACCUGUAUGAACUGCGCAACCUGUGGCAGCUCUUCUUUCAUGUGACUGUGGGAGCAUUUUCAACGUUGCAAAUUCGACUGCGACGACCGCAGGGGAAGUCCCCAGAUUACAAUGUGUGACAAGUCCUGGAACACUUAGAGGCGGUCUUGUUCCAACAGAUAUUCACUCUCAGGAAUGUAAAGCUGUUCUCCAAAAGAAGAAGCUGGCUGGAUGGCGCUUUUUGGUUUUGUUCCUUUUUUUUUAAUUAAGCAAUGUAAGAUGCCUGCGGACAUUUUUCACUUGCUGGUUAAAAAACCUUUUCUUUUAAAGGAACAGCUAAGGACACAGAUGAGUACAGAACUAGAGCAGAGAAGGGGGUCAUAUCGUGUAGUAAAAUACAUGUUGAUGGGAGACUAAUUUGGGGAAUUUGGUGGCAUGAAAAAAGCUUUGCUCAAGAGUAUGUCAAUGAUGGAAGGAACAUAGAGUAUGUGUCCUGCAUAUCAUGCAAGCUCUUCACUUCCAAAAUCAGUUUUGCCUUUGUGAGGCAGUAGAGGAUAGGCUAAGUUAAUAUUAAAAAUGCUGUUGCGUAUUAGCAAACCAGAUUUGGAAUAUGUAAUCUACUAAAUUUUGGAAUGUUUUGUUACACGUUGACAUUUGCGUGAGUGUUUUCUUGAUUAAAACAUAACCUGGAAACUC